AUGUCAAAUAAAUCUUCUCAAAAUUCAAAAUCAGACCCAAAUCAAGAUCGAACAUCACACAAUUCACUUUUGGCACAAUUUACAAAUGCAACAGCUGCUGGUUAUCAUCCUCAACCUCAAGCAACAACAACAUAUUCAAUGACUACCGGUUUUAAUGCAAAUAGCACAUCUUCUGCUAAUCAAACAGUAAAAAAUGCUGCAAAUACAUUUUUACCAUUACCAGCACAACCAAUUGAUUUAACUACAUUUCAAGGUUUAAAAUUUGUUACACUUGAUGGUUUACUCAUUGAAACACGUGAUAUUUAUGAUCAAAUUAGUGGUACAUUUAAAUGGGAAAUGUGUGAAGGUCAAGAAGAUCGAUGUGUGAAUUAUAUUCGUGAUCAAUGUGCUAAUAAACGAACAUUUUUUAUGACGUCUGGUGGACUGGGAAAAAAUGUUGUUCCAAAAAUUCAUGAUUUACCACAACUUUAUGCUAUUUACAUUUAUUGUGCAGAUGUUGUGUAUCAUCAAGAAUGGGCAUGUAAAUAUUCAAAAGUACGUGUUGUUUGUAAUAAUGAUGAUCUAUAUUUAUUACCUCAACUGGCUGUUGAUGUGGCACAAGCUAAUAUUGAUUGGGGAGAUGCACUUCUCAAAAGUGGUAAACGUGACGAAGCAAAAAAGAAAUUUUUAAAAGCAGAUGAAAAUUUAACUAAAUAUGUUAAAAAUCCUGAUCCAACUAUGGUAAAUGAAGUAAAAAAGAAACUAGAUGAAUGUAAAUAA